GAGCGAGAGAGAGAGAGAAUACCGUGGCUGGCUGCUUCAGAGAGGGAAAGAGAGAGAAGCGAGGGAAAGAGGGAACUGCGACGACGGAAUCGCAUGCUCGUCGGAGAAAGUGGUGGCGCGCCGGAAAGAAGCCAAUCUCCGACCGCUCGGGUUAGAUGGAGGAGUCCGAAAAGAGGAAGGAAAGAUUGAGAGCGAUGCGCAUGGAAGCUGCUCGAGCUGGUUUUUCGGACAGCCCUGAGGCUCCUACCGAGGCGAGCUGCCUCGCGAAUCCGUUGAUCGAGACCCGCGCACCUCAAUCGCAGCACGAACCGUCGCGUGCAUCGCCCAGGUUCGAUUACUACACGGAUCCCAUGUCCGCUUUCUCCGGCAAUAGGGCGAGGGAUAAUGCAGGCGUCCCAUCUCCACAAGUGAAUUUCACCACCCCUCCUCCGCCUCAUCUUUCAGGACCCAGGAACCUUGUAACAAGUCCCUCUCCUGCCCAUCAGUGGCGUCCCAUUUAUCCACCCAACAGUGGAAUCUACCAAACAGAAAGUCCUCACCCCAGAUUCCCUCCCCACCAAAGUCCGAGGGGAAACAUCCACCCUUUUCCAAUGCAAGAUGGGGCUUCUCCUCAAGCUUGGAAUAGAUCCAGCAGCACGGCAAGUUAUUUUAGCCCACCCAGUACUCCAGGAAGUGGUACCCAUAAUUUCAAUCAGACACAAGAUCGCUCUCACUGGCGUGGCAACAAUCCAGGGCCAGGUUUAGGAUGGGGAGGUAAUUAUGCUGGUAAUUAUGCUACAAGUCCUGGCAGAGGCAGAGGCAGAGGCCAAUGGUUCGGUGGCAGUCCCAGGUCAGGGAGGAGUGGUGUGCGAGGUCCAGGACAUCGUGGUCAUGGUUAUACACCGGCAAGGCCACUAGGCCUAGAGCGUUUCUUUCAUGAGUCCAUGUUAGGAGACCCAUGGAAGGAUUUAAAACCUGUUUUGUGGAAGGGCGUUGGUUCUCCUUUCAUCAGUUCCAGUUCACUCGGAUCUUCGAGUUCCUGGAUGCCCGAGUCCAUUAGGCCAAAGAAGCCGAGAGUUGCAGAAUCUCCCAAAAAGUUUGGUUCUGGACAAAACCUUGCUGAAUUUCUUGCUGCCUCAUUUAAUGAAACGGUUAAGGACACGCCCAGCCCAUGAUGUUGCUAUUGUAAGUUCUAGAGUUUCACCUUCUUGUGCUUCACAGAGAGAGAGAGAGAGAGAGAGAGAGAGAGAGAGAGAGAGAGAGGGGCUUGGGGCCACUAAGGGCAUUUGUUCUGUGGCUGGACGGUUAAAAGGAGAUGCAUGAAUCCUUCCUAUUUACGUCUGGAGUUUUUCUUUCUGACGAUUGUAUUAUUCAUUAGUGAAAAGUUAUGUGAGUUAUCAGUUGCUAGAGAAUUGUUUAGUUCGUGAAGGGUUUUGUAGUAUUUGAGAAUAUCUUACAAUGUAAAAAUCACCAUCUGCAUUCCUUA